AUGGCUUUAGCUGAGGUCCACCCGCAGCACGUUUUCGGUUUGCGCACAGGGGUGAGGGAUAAUUUGCACUUUAUUGACGAUCAGACGGUGGUGUUUCCGUGCGGGAACAACUGCGCGCGCUACAACAUCCACCAGCGAUGCUACAAGUUCAUUGCAGGUACUGAGAGGAGCCAGGGCAUGCAGGCCCUCACCAUCAGCCCUAACUGGCGCUACCUGGCUGUGUCAGAGCGUGGCGAGAGAGGCACCAUCACCGUCUACGAUCUGCAGCACGAACAGAGCCGUAAGAGGAAAGUGCUGACGGGCGGCGAUAUCACCGUGCAGGAGUUUGUCUGCAUGGCAUUCUCUUCUGACUCAAAGUACCUCCUGGGCCAGGGUGGAGGGCCUGACUGGACCCUCUUCUACUGGAUGUGGGAGAAGAACAGAGUCAUGGCUACAGUCAAGAGCACAAACUCCGGCCCUGUUUAUCAGGUCAGCUUCAACCCCCAAGACAAUACACAGAUCUGCGUAAGUGGGUACGGCACGUUCAAGCUUUUCCGCUAUGUGGAUGGUGCCCUGAAACAGACCAACUCUGCAAAGCUGGAGACACAGAACAUCCUGUCUCAUGCAUGGAUGUCCGAGGAGCGCACCAUCGCUGGAACGGAGACGGGACGACUGCUGGUGUUUGAGUCAGGAGACCUGCGUUGGGAGAUGAGCGUGGCCGAGAGGAUAACUGAACAAGAGCCUGGGAGACAAACGCAGGACGAGACCUCAUCAGAUCAUGACUCGAUGCCACAAGUGACCGCCAUCAAGGCUUAUUCUAAAGGCUUCGCAUGUUCAGCUGGUCCAGGAACUGUAUGUCUGUUUGAGAAAACCGAGGAGAAGUGCAGCUACAGACAAAUCAAGGAAAUAAGAAUACCUCCAGACCCGUGUAGCAACGAGCCAAGUCAGGUGGAGCAGCAGGAGAUCGCCACCAUGUGUAUCAGCCCAUCAGAGGAGACUCUGGCCAUCAGCACAGAGCGAGGCCAAAUCUACCUCAUCGCACUCGCCUCGGCUGAGAUGAGCAAGGGAGUGCGGACUCACUUCGAGUUUCUGUCUCACUCUUUUCACUCGGGGAUCAUCACCGGUCUGUCUGUCUGCAUCCGCAAACCGCUCAUCGCCACCUGCUCCACGGACCACUCCAUCCGCAUCUGGAAUUACGAGACCAGUGCUUUGGAGCUGUAUAAGGAGUUCCAGGAGGAGGUGUACAGCGUGGCCCUGCACCCGUCCGGCCUCUUCGUCCUGGCGGGUUUCUCUGACAAGCUCUGCCUCAUGAACCUGCUCAUCGAUGACAUCCGCACCUUCAAGGAGUUCAGCGUGCGCAGCUGCAGGGAGUGUGUGUUCAGCCACGGGGGUCACAUGUUCGCCGCCGUCAACGGUAACAUGAUUCAUCUGUACUCCACCGUGACCUUCGACAACAUCCUGAACCUGAAAGGUCACAUCGGCAAGGUGCGCUCGGUGGUGUGGAGUGCCGAUGACGGUCGCCUGGUGUCGUGUGGGAUGAACGGAGCCGUGUACGAGUGGAACGCUCUGCGAGGUGGCCGCGAGUCUGAGAGUGUGUUGAAGUCGUGCAGUUACAGCAGCGUGGCGCUCUCAGUCGACGCCAGGAGCAUCCUCGCUGUGGGCAACGACUUCACACUGAAGGAGAUCCAGGACUGCCAGGUCCUGAGGGAAGUGUCCUCCGAUGACGUGAUCUACACAGCCGUUGUCAUGACUCACUCAGGCCGAACGCUCUUCACCGGAACCACCAGCGGCACCAUAAGGGCCAUCAAGUACCCUUUACUCAUGCAAAAAGACUGGACAGAGUACCAGGCCCAUUCCGGUCCAAUCACCAAAAUGGUGAUCACGUUUGAUGAUCAGUACCUGCUGAGCGCCUCUGAAGACGGCUGUCUCUUCAUCUGGAAAAUCACUGAGCAGGAAGGACACCGGCUGAAGAGGGACAAGGAGAUGAUCUAUGCAGAGGAGAUCCUCAUCACCAAGUCUGAUCUGGAGGAAAAGAACCAGAUGACGCUGGAGCUGAAAACCCGCGUGGAGGAGCUGAAGAUGGAGAAUGAGUACCAGCUGCGUCUUAAGGACAUGAGCUACAACGAGAAGAUCAAGGAGCUGACGGAGAAGUUUAUCCAGCAGAUAGAGUCGAUUAAAUCUGAAAACCAGGUGCUGAAAUCAGAGAAGGAGAAGCAGGAGGUCACACACCAGGGGGCGCUACAGGACAUUAUUGAGAAACACACUAAAGAGCAGCACGAUAUGGAAUCCACCAACAACCAAAAGCUGAUGCUGGAGUACGAGAAGCACCAGGAGCUGCAGGUGAAACUUCAGAGGAUGCAGGAGAGCUACGAGGAGAAGCUGUGCGACCUGGAGGACGGACAUCAGCGUGCCCUGGAGGACAUGACCCAGUUCUACGAGGUCAAGCUCCAGGAGAAGGUUCUUGAGCUGGGCCAGUGUCAGGACGAGUCUCAGCAGCAGUUGCGAGAGUUUGAGGAAUUAAAGAAGCAGAUAGAAGAAGACGGCGACCUCGAGCUCCACGACAUCCGCGUCAAAUACGAACGCAAGCUCUGGGAGGAAAAGGAGACCAACCUGAAGCUCAAUGGAGAGACAAGAGUGAUGAAGAAGAAGUUCGCCAGCCUACAGAGGGAGAUCGAUAACCGCAACCUGGACAUCGAGAAGCUGAAGAUGGAGCAGCAGAAGCUGCAUGGUGUCAUCAAGGCUCUGGAGAAGGACAUCAUGGGACUGAAGAGGGAAAUCCAGGAGAGAGACGAGACCAUCCAGGACAAGGAAAACCGCAUCUAUGAUCUUAAGAAGAAAAACGAGGAGCUGGAGAAGUUCAAAUUUGUGUUGGACUACAAGGUGAACGAGCUGAAGAAACAAAUCGAGCCACGAGAGAAUGAAGUGAAGGAGAUGAAAGAGCAGGUCCAUGAGAUGGAGGCUGAGCUGGAGCAGUUCCGGAAGAAGAGCACUCAGCUGGAGCUCACCAUCUCCGAUCUGAAGCUGAAGCUCAAAGCCACGGAUAAGGAGAGGCAGAAAGAGAUACAGAAGGUCAGGGAUGUAGAAGCUGUGCUGCACAGGCUUAAGACCGAUCUUCACAACUGUGUGGGCUUCAUCCAGGAGCCUAAGAAGCUGAAGGAGAGCAUUAGAGAGAUCAAUGAACGCUACGUCCAGAAAACGGAUGUGGAGAUAGUGGGAAUGGACGCUGAUGUCCAGCGAGAGUACGGCAGGCAGAGGGAGCACAUGGAGAGGAACAUGGACUCGCUCAGAAAGAGACUAGCAAAGGACAUCAAAGUGCACGAAGCGAAGAACAUCAAGCUUAUGAAGGAGAAUGUCACACUUAUUAAGGAGAUUAAUGAUUUGCGGACAGAGGUGACGCUGAUGCGAGCGCGGAUCCGUGACUACGAGACCCAGAGCGGCUUCAAUAAGAACAAGACCAAGAGUGUGGCGGGCAUCAAGACAGCGUCCUCUGCGGUGUCACGGCUGAACUUUGAGGGUGAGGCUGAGCGCAUCAUCGAGCAGCAGCGCCUCGAGAUCCAGCGGCUGAGGCAGGAAAUACUGGGUCAAGGUCAAGAUCAAGGUCAAGAUCAAAGCUUCGUCCUGCCGAGCCUGACAAACUCAUCAAACCUCAAAUUACCAGCUCUCGUCACAUAAACACUCUUUAUACCAUUUAUACAC